AUGCCUGUCCGUCCCUUCGAUGAAUGGGCCGUGGGCCGCACCCAGUCACUCCCCCUCUCUGCCCUGAAAGGCAGCGUCAUCGGUAUCGAUGCCGCACACUACAUUCAACAACACCUGAUGAACCAGUCGACCCGCGAGGCCCUUCUUACCGCACUAGGUGGCUUCCCGUUCGCAUUGAGGACCAACAUCGAGAAGGAACUCCAGGCCUUCAAGACCCUUAAUAUCAACUGCGUCUUCGUAUUUGAUGGACUCGAAUUCGGCAAACGAGACCACCGUACCCCGGCCCAGCCAGUCACCGUGCGCCCCGAGCAAGCUUGGGAGCUCUAUGACCAGCAACAAGCCGACCAGGUCGUGGACGCCUUUAGCAACGCUGGGACCCCACCCCCGGAAACCCUCUUCAAAUUCUUGAUCCGGAUCCUUGGUCAAAAUGGAAUCUCCUUCAUCGUGGCACCAUAUAGCGCGGUUGGACAGCUCUCCUACCUCGCCCGUGGCCCCAAUCCCGUCGUCGAUGCCGUGUAUGGGCCCUCCGAAGCCUUCCUGUUCGAUCUGGAUAAACUUGUUACGCGCAUUGAGACUGAUCCACCACAGUUCACCUGGCUCACAAAGCAAACCUGCCAGGAGGAGCUGGGACGUUUGUCAAACGAACAAUUCACCGAAUUCCUUCUGCUUCUAGGAUCUCCUUUCCUGCGUGUAUGUCCUAUGUUCGAGAACCACCAAGGCCCCACCAUCAAGGUCGCUACCGUUCGCGAUGCCCUGCCAAUGUUCAAUAUCGCGGCGCGAAGUGCUUUGGCCCUGUGCGCUCAGUAUGAAGAAAAUAGCCGCAUGGCCGAGUGCCAGUAUCCGGACCGGUACAAGCGGGCAUAUAUGAGCGUGAAGCACCACGUUUAUAUGGAUAUCGACGGACGAGUUGUCCCUAUGGAGCCUGAAUCUGCUUCUUCUGAUCUUCAUGAACUCAUCGGCCAACGGCUCCCAGAAGAGCUUUACUUCUACUUAUCCAAGGGAGUUCUUGGUCCAGAUGUACCGAACUAUUUGACAUUGGGCGAGGUGCGGAUUUCCCUCCCGCUGGGUGCCGAAGAUACCGAUGUCUAUCGCCAGCUUGUGGGCGACACCCUCACUCCAAUCCGAACACAGUCAAUUUGCCUGUUGGCCAACUCUCUUCACCGCUUCUACCAGACAAAAGAGAUUCAAAUCCGUCCAUGGUUUGAAGAGAAGCCAACUCGAAAGAUCACCCUAAAGGGCAUACCCUCCGUCAAGGAGACUAUCCAAUCCUGGAAAAUUUCCUCUAGCCAGUUCCCAGAGAGUGUCAAGAAGUUGCAGGCUCCUCCUGGCUCCUUUAAGUUUGCGGUGCAGAGUUUGGAUAAGCCGGACUUUGGUCCCAAGUCGUUUGCCACCAAAGAAACCCCGGCCCUAUUAGCACAAGAAGACAUCCGGUCUAAUGUUAUGUGGCGAUUCCUACAACUGCGUGGCUAUAUCGAUGAUAAGCACAAGCUCACAGUUUGGGGCAAGUGCCUGGAACAAUCUCUGUCAAGCGUUGAUUCUGCAGAUAACUUAGAGGAAUCUAUAUUCCUUGCGAUUGAGAUGCUCCGCUUGGAUCUUCUCAACACCAAGAGUUGGUUCUCACAUGUAUCCGGUGGUCCUAUGAGAGGAUCAGAGGACGAUAAGACUUUUAACAUGCUCGUGUCCCGUGUUGCGUGCAUUGGGAAGUUGCAGCACAAGAGCAUCGGUUACUCCGGUCCCUUGAGCCGGCAGCUUCUUUGCUACCGCUCUUUGAUCUCCGAGGUGCGACUUGCGCUGAGGAAUCUAAUCGAGGUGGUCUUGACCGGUUUGCUGCUCAGCGGAGACGCCGAUCGAGACCGCAACGAUUGGACUGAAAUUGCAAUUAAGUUACCUUUUAUUGAUGAUAAUGACUGCGGUCUCGGAAUCGCUGUUCGCACCUACCUGGAUGAUCUUCCCUUGCAAACAAAUCCCACCUCUCCAGAGGCUCGGGCGGAGGUCAAGUCAAAGGGCAAGGAAUGGUUCCAACAUAGCGAGAGCUUCACAGGAAACCUGGAUCAAGCCUUCAAGCUCUGGGAUUCGGUCUACAAGGCUACCCAGUCGGCUGGUAAGGAGGUCAAGGACGCAAAGACAUGGGAUGAUGCAAACAAGUGGUUGUCUGAGCGACGUUAA